UGUGCGUGUCAAUCGCUAGGCAGUGAUGUCGAGGUUUAUGGGAGGUGAUUAUUUGUCCAUCAGCAGUAAGACACGCCCCCGGGGCGUUCCCGCGGCUUAAAUUUACUACACUAAAUUACAGCGCGCCGCGCACGUACUCUGCGUGGCAUUGAGAAGUAACUCUCGACAGAAGGAGCCGCGGCUCAGUGGGACUGAGAACAUUCACAGCAGACUUACGUGAACUUGCCAUGACUUUCUCAAAGAAUCCCUUCUGCGCUUUCUUCUUUGUUGCUUUGUUGUUUUUGACUUUAACGUUUGUUUUGAAGAAAUGGCACUUUGGUCCGCCGGGGACUUUUGGUGAUGCUGCUCGGCCAGAUGGUUUGACUCCCGAGCGCGACAGAUUGCAUCAACAACUGAAGGAAAGACAACAAGAACUCGAGCUACUUCACAUCGCAUCUGAUAAUGCGCAAUCUUCAGAGACAUUUAUCGAUCCGCAUCUGGCCAUAAACGAGAGCCUACAUUCGGAGAACCCUGAAAUGGACAUUGGCUGCGAAGAGCUUCAUGUGAUGAAAGCUGUUGACUUUCUUGGUUCGGGUUACUCCAAAACGGUGUUAAAAGCGGUGUUACCUCAAGGAUCCUUCGUAGCACUGAAAUCUGUGAACCAUCAAGGCACUGACAUGAGACUUUGCAUGGAUGACUUUAAAGAUCACAAGAGCUGUCAUGAGCUGGUUUCUUUCAAACUGAGGAAGGAGAUUGUAUUGUUACAGGGAUUGCAGCACCCCAACAUUGUACAGUUGAAAGGUCAGUGUCAGGACAGCACUGUGGUUGGUGGCAUCACAGCGGUUCUGGAACAGGGGAUGCCACUUCAGAUGAUCCAGCUCCUGCAGAGCCCCUGGGAAGAGCGCUUUCGGGUCUGUCUUGGCUUGGUGAGACUUCUUCACUAUCUCUCUUCCUCUCCGCUGGGUUCGGUGGCCCUGCUGGAUUUCCAGCCUCGGCAGUUCAUUACGGUGUCAGGAGAACUCAAGUUAACUGAUUUGGAUGAUGCAAGUAUUGAGGAGCCGGGCUGUGUGGAAGACUCAGACUGCCUAUUGCAGUUUCCCCUUCGCAAUUUCACCCUCAGAUGCUCCCCUUCACGAAUCUGUGAAGGCUUGAAUGAGAUGCGGAACCUUUACAACGCCUACAGGUAUUUUUUCACCUACCUACUGCCUCAUCAGGCUCCCCCGCUGCUGAAACCUCUUCUUGAAAAAAUAAUGAACUCCACAGGGGAUCUGAAACAAUGCAUUAAUGAAACACUGGUUGACUUCGAAGAGGUUUUGCGUAUGUACAAGUCUGGCUUGCACCUGGAAAAUCUGCCGCCGUUAAUAAGCAGAGAUUAUGCUGUCCUGAAAGGAAUGAGGAGCGUUGGAAAUAUGGAAUACAGAUGCUGGCCAUCGUACAACCAGCAAGGCUGCGUGCUAUCUGUUCACAGUACCAGAGAAGCGUCGCUCAUCUGCAACUCUCACCCGCAGUGCACAAGCUUCUCUUUGAGCAAGGAAAGAACAUGGACGGUCAGUUUACACAACAAUUUUGGGUUUAGAUUAUUUUGCACAUUGAUCAUAAGUAACGGCCACUAAACGUGGAAGUUUAAGGUGUACAGAAUGACUUUUUAAUGUCUUUUAGUUUAUAUAUAUAUUCGCGCUUUUAUGGAAGACCCAUAGUGCCAUGUGUUCUCUCUAAAAUCAAAUAUGCUUCUUCUUUUUUCUAUGAAAUUGUAAAGACAAAUUAAAUAACUCAAAACAGACAUCCAAGCCGUAAAGCAGUCGUAUAAAUGUAUAUUAUUUGCGAAGGAAUGAGUUUAUAAGUUAUAUGGUAGCAAUAAAUCCCUCGCACGACCCAACUUUGGCAUAAUUCAACAGAAAAACUUCAAAAACCAUCAUAUAAAUAUCUAUCUGAUGAGCAGGCCUUUAAUAAAACGCUGACUACCUCUAUUCAGCGUUAUAAAUCAUCUGAACAUAUGUCUGUUGUGUCUGUUUGGAACAUGCUGUGUCUAACCCAAGGGCUCGCCUUGCCUUUACUUGUCUGCAGGUCGACUUCUUGCCUCUUUCAGAAGUGGCUUCAGCCAUCUGGUUCCAGAUGUGAACUCGGCAGUGUAUAUGAGGAAAGUUAAAGCCUCGGGAGCAGUGCUUUGAGAAAAAGAGGAACUGGGGGAAGGGGAAAAAUUGUAGACAAAUGAAUGUGUUAUAUUUAAAGGCGUCUUACUCAAUGGCGUUUGAUCCCUCUGCCAAUCCUACUCACUGCCAAUGAGCGUUUAAAAGGAUUUCCCUUCAGGUAUAAUUAACCUGUGGAUAAAAAAGGAGAAAGAAAAAUACAGCCUUCCAACGUUUUUGUUUUCCUUCUGUUUUGCGAUCACAUGGCACGGCCCACUGGAAGGACAUUGAGCCCAUUUCGCUCUGGCUAAUGCCUGCAGGAGGAAAAGAAAACAAGCUCUUUCACAGAUUUACUUUGAUGUUAAUGAGGCCAGAAGUUUGCUGCGUUUUGCUGGAUGCCAGUAUGUGCCGAGAAUCAUGUCAAUAGGCGGAAAACUGCUGAAACCACAAAAAUGCAGGAAUGUUUAGUGGGAACCAUUGUUCCUCAUGCAUUACCCUAUAUAGGGUAUACAGAAUAUAUAUGGUGGCGUUCCAUACCAAAUUCAAAUGAACAAAGUGUUUGGAUUUUAACAAAAAUAAUAGAAAUAAAAGAUAUUCUUGGUAUUUGCACAUAUAAUACCUAAAAAAAAGUUUUUUCUUCUUUUCUCAGAUGUUUGGACUCUAUGAAUUGGGUAUUUUAUACUUUCAUCCUAUGGGUGUGUCAGUUUUCUUGUUCUUUCAGAGAAAGAGAUAUACAUGUCGUUUAUUUGGUUAUGUUAAGUUUGUAUUUUGUCAUGUUGUAACGCUUUCGUCUGUAAACUAAGAAAUAAAAAACUUGUUUGUUCA